AUUAACUGUAAAAGCUGGGUGAUACCAAGUGCCGUUAGCGGGGGAGGAAAGCGGAGGCGCGAUUUCGGUUGUGUGGCCCAACCGGAAAUCGUGCGACACCGUCUCGAAGCGCCGCCAUGUUGGACCGUAGCCCGUUAACAGGAUAGAUAGAUAUAUAUCGGUAGGAGUACCACACAACUCCUUAUAGAGGCGAACGUGCUUUUUACAUCAUUAAUUCCAGGUGAUGUCUGGAGGCAGUCUCUGGAAUUAUGAAUAAACAUAGCAGCUGUCUGCAACGCCUGAAGACUCCAGCCUUAACUGCCAGCUCUGCUGGGUCAGAACCACGAGUCUUAUCUGCCAACGGCAAUCGGGGAAAAGUCAGCGAAAGUAGUUCUAGCAACGCCACCAAAGUGAAGAGGUGGAAAACAAAGAAGGAACGCAACAAUGCUAAAUUUAAGUCGCACAAAGAGACCUUCCAGAAGAAAGCCUAUCCCAGGGGCUUCCUAGAACGAUGCCACAUAAAUUCUUGUUCAAGCUGCUCUCAAAUGGCCUGUAAACCUGCAGUAAAAGACAUAUGUAACUUAAAGCAGGUCUUCAUAACUCAUAGUCGUCUGACUCAGCACCAAGGAAUAUUCAACCGAGAGAUCAAAUCUGUCAAUGUUGGAAGACUUGUAAAGCAGACGACAGAGAUUGAGACAGAUAAGACUGACGUCGGCAGUGUAACAAUACAAUCGGAGAUAAAAUCACCACAGAGCCAGAUAAACCUCAGUCUGGGCCGUAUUCCAAUUCUGGAAACGAGGGAUCAGGAAACCCUUACCUCUCUAAGUCAGAGUGCUUCAGAUAUACUGGUCCGGGGCCACAAGCCUGUCGCAAACACAGAACUGCGAGAGGAAGAGGAUGUCUCGGAAAUGCGCCUCCAGGGUGAUGAUGACCAUCUUCACAUCACACCACUGAGCAGUGGAACUAGAACUUCUCCCUGCAGAAAUCAAAUGGUACCGGUUCUAGAGGCUGUUGAGGACAUCCUUAACAUGCUGAGUUCAUGUUCACUAUUCCCAGGCCGCAACUUGGUGAGUGAGACUCGUCAAUCUAUAGCGGAAAAGGUGAAGCAGCUAUGCGGAAUACACCCCAACCUGUCUCCAGUAUCUGUACAGAGAGAGAUGGAUUGCAGCCGUAAAGUAAAGGAUGCUCAUAAGCUGAAAGACCCAGGAUGGAAAGAUGAGAGUGGAAGGGACGCCAGGAAAUGUGUCCAGCGGCCUCAGAGCAGUAGGCAACAGAUGCAGACGUCCUCCAGCUACUUCUUAUCAUUGCCCAGCGACAGUCCAGUCCACACUCUCAUAAAGAUGGUCACUCCAGAAAACCAUCAGAAGAUCACAGAUGAUCACCACCAACCUGUUAAUUCUGGAUCUGGUAAUAAACCCUCUCAUCGGUGCCAGCCCACAGCAGCUGAGGAUUCCCGAAAUCUAUUCACUAUCACCUCCAUAAACAUUCCCAAAAUGAGCAAAGAAAAAGGGAACACCUCAAGUUUCUGCAGGGCCAGGAGACCCAACAAGAUGGACAAUACAUCAUUAGAUGCUGAUAGGCCUCCUUCAGUAAGAUGGAAAUUAGAACAUGAUGAUUUAGAAACAUCGUUAUCUCACACAUGUAAUGUUCACCAACACUUCCACAAUCCGAAGGUGACUGAGCAUGAGUGUGUAACUAGACAGCCCUUGCGAGAAGUUCCUUCAGACCAGCUAAAUAAAACAAGCCUACGUACAACAGGCUGUUCUUCAGGUGAGAAAUUAGAUGUCCUCCCAAACAUCUGGAACUGCACUGCACAGAAAUCACCAAGUACUAAAAUAUUUGAUUGCCCUCCAGACACCAGAUUGUGUUACAGGGAACUAAUUCCACACAGGACUCAUUCAGAAAACAAUUUUGGAAGCCACCACAAUAUUUUUCCCGAAAUGCUGGAAACUAGGACCCUUGCUGCCCCAGAAAACUUCCAGUUUGUAGAUGCCUGGAACUUAAGAAACGUAGAAAGACAAAGGUCCCCCCUACUAGGCACAGGCACGUACUACCCUCAUGGGAUAUUCCCCCACCAAAACUAUAACUUGUGGCGUCCACCAUCUUCCCUAAGAGAGGAACCCGUACACAAAGUCAGCAUUGAGCAUGAUCCUGGCGUAGCAUGGAACGGCCAUGAGGACUGGGCAUAUGGAACAUCGUACUUAGAACAGCCCAAUCACAGCUGGGAAACGUCCAGAAUGAUGGCCCCAUAUUCAGAAUCACAAUAUUUACAGCUGGAUAACGGAAGAUCUUUAAGCAAGGAGCUGAUGGACAGCGCCGGCUCUGACUGGGUGUAUCCGAGAAUGAAAUUCUACUAACUGAGCACUCACUGUAGCAUCCCUUGUAUUGUGCACUGGUGAUUCCCUUAUACAUGGGAGCAAGCCCCUAAUGUGUCUUAUAUCCCAUUUUUACAACUGUAAUAAACAUUUUUUUUUUCAUGA